AUGGAAAAAAACCAAAUAUUAACAGAAAGGCAACAAUUAGAACUAAACAAAGCAAUAAUUCAAUACCUAGAACCACAACUCGCCGAAGACGAAUUAUCACAAUUAUCAUCAAUUCUCAUACCCCAAGGUCAAGCAGAUUCAGAAAUAGUAGAUAAUUAUUUAGAAAAAAAAUGGUCAACUGUUCUACGACUACAAAAGAAAAUUAUAGAUCUUGAAAAUGAAUUACAGAAUCUAAAAACAAUAGUUAAACAAUUAAAUAUAGAUGAUGAUCCAAAUUCAAUUAAACUUACCGAAAAGAUAAAUUGGUGUCCAUUAACAGUUAAAAAAUCAUUCAAGACUACUUCAGCAAUUAACUCAGUUGAAUUUCAUCCGAAUUUACCAUUUAUAAUUUCUGGAAACUUUGAUGGAUCAAUUUAUAUUUAUAAUUUACAAAAUGAUGAGUAUCAGGAUGAUUCAAUACCUGAAAAACUAAUAAAAGCUCACCUGAGAUCAAUUAAUAAAAUUACAUGGUCGGAUCAGCCUUUACAAAUAAAUAAACUAAAUAAAUGUCAUGUUUUAGCUACUUGUUCAUCCGAUUUAUCUAUAAAAAUCUGGGAUGAGAAUUUUAAACAUAUUAGAACCUUGUCUGGUCAUGAACAUACAGUCAGUUCACUAAAGUUUUCAACCAAGAAUCCAAGUUAUUUAUAUUCCGUUUCUCGAGAUAAGACGGUUAAGAUCUGGGAUGUUAUAAAUGGUCUAUGUAUUAAAAGUUUCGUUGGUCAUAGUGAAUGGGUAAGAGAUGUUGAUGUAGUUAGUUCAGAAUUUGGUGAUUUUAUAUUAACUUGUUCAAAUGAUCAAAGUGCAAGAUUAUCACAUGAUUCAGGAACAGGUAUAGUUUUAAUGAUUGGACAUAGUCAUGUUAUAGAAAGUGUUAAAUUCCUACCAAGUCAUUCAAAUAAAAUAAUCGAUGAAUACAUUACAAACAAUAUUGAAAAAUUUCCUACCCUACCAGUUGACCUAAUAAAAGAUGAAAUUUAUAGGAAAUUGGAGUUUAAAUAUUGUAUUACAGGUGGCAGAGAUAAUGUUAUUAAAUUAUGGUUAUUGCCACCUCCAGUUCUAACACCUCAUCAGUCUCCAUUACCUUCGAAAUAUAAUCAAAGUCAAGCUUAUUUAAUAUCUGAUUUGAUUGGACAUGUGUCAUGGGUUAAAUCAAUGAUUAUUCAUCCAAAUGGUAGAUUUACAAUUAGUUGUGGUGAUGAUAAGACUAUAAAAAUUUGGGAUAUACAGAAAUUAAAUGAACUGGGUAAAGUUGAGGCUAUACGGACAUUGAAAGGUCAUGAGGGAUUUAUUAAUGACAUUAAAUUUGCAAAGCUAAAACCAAAAGAAAAGAAAGAGAAUACAGAAGAAGAAGAAGAAAUGAAUAUGGAUACUUUUCUUAAAGAUGUUGAGAAAAGAAUGAGAUUCCUAUUCAGUAGUGGGUCUUCCGAUAAUACAAUUAGACUAUGGAGUUGA